AUGUCAAAAGCCAAAGUUUCAGCAGAAUGGAGAAAGAGGGUAAAGUCGGAAUACAUGCGAUUACGGCAAAUGAAACGAUACAAACGAGCGGACGAAGUAAAAAUUGCAUGGAACCAAAAUCGUAAGGUUAUGACAGAGCUUCUUGUUGGUGAACAAAAGCGUUGGACAGAUGGAAAAGCAAUGUGGUUGGCAAUGCAAGACAUUCCGCCACAUCUUUCUUGCAUGAAAAAAGCUGAAAUUACCAGCCCUGAUGGUGAUGUACAAAGUUGUCCUGUAAAAAUAAUUAAUGCAGUAACUCCUAUACCAACUAUGUAUACAUGGGCUCCCAUUCAGCAGAAUUUUAUGGUUGAAGAUGAAACUGUUUUGCAUAACAUUCCUUAUAUGGGUGAUGAAAUUUUGGAUCAAGAUGGUACUUUUAUCGAGGAACUUAUAAAAAAUUAUGAUGGAAAGGUCCAUGGUGAUAGAGAAUCUGGUUUUAUGGAUGAUUCUAUUUUUGUUGAUUUAGUGAAUGCUCUAGCAAAUUAUGAAAAAGAAGAUAAAGAGAGAGAACAGAUAAAAAAAGGAAAGGAGAAAGAUAAUCAAAAAGAUAAUGAGAAAAAAGACAUUGAUAUAAAGUCUGAAAUCAGGAUAGAAAAAAAUGACAGUGGAAAGACAGUAGCUGUUCCGUUUCCAUCAAUGCAUAUAUUUAAUGCAAUAUCAAGUAUGUUCCCCGAUAAAGGAAGACCUGAAGAAUUAAAAGAAAAAUAUAUUGAAUUGACAGAGAGAUCUGAUCCAAAUGUUUUACCACCAGAAUGCACGCCUAAUAUAGACGGUAUAAAUGCGAGAAGUGUACCCAGGGAACAAACAAUGCAUUCUUUUCAUACUUUGUUCUGCAGAAGAUGCUUCAAAUACGACUGCUUUUUACACCCAGCCAGGGGGACUUCGCCGCAAGGUCUUCAAGUUUGCCAUCCAGGUCCAAAUUUGUUGAAGCGAAAAGGACCCGAUUUGAAACCAUUUUCGGAGCCAUGUGGAGCAGAAUGUUAUAUGCAUUUGGAAGGAAUGAAAGAAAAGCUGGCGGCACAAGCAGCAGAUACAAAAGAAGAUGAAGGCGAUGAGAAACGUGGUGGUCCUAGGAAAGUACGAAAACAAGCAAGCGUCGAUUCUGGAAACGAAGCGAGCAGUGAAGAUAGCAAUGAUAGUAAUAAGUAUGGUCAAGGAGGCAGUUGUCAAGAUUUUAAGCAAAACGUUAACAAAAAUUGCAAGCCUGAGGAAAUAGAGGAUCAAGCUCAACCUGAAAAUCAGACACCUUUUACAUUGUUAGGAGUUGGUAAACGAAUUAAGACAGAAAGUGAAUUUUCAUGGACAGGUUCAGAACAGAGCUUAUUCCGAGCUCUUCAUAAAGCCUUCCCUGGCAAUCCAUGCGCGUUAGCACAAAUCAUGUUAACAAAAACUUGUCAGGAAGUAUAUGAAUUCGCUCAAAAAGAGGCUUCGGAUAUUCCCGCUAUAGAAAAUCUGAAAGAUUUUACGCCACCGCGAAAAAAAAGAAACAAUCGACUAUGGUCCAUGCAUUGCAGAAAAAUACAACUUAAGAAAGAUUCUGGUGCUAACCAUGUGCACAAUUUCGCACCUUGUGAUCAUCCGGGUCGUCAAUGCGAUAAUUCAUGUCCCUGCAUACAAGCACAAAACUUUUGCGAAAAGUUCUGUCAGUGUAGCAGCGAAUGCCAAAAUCGGUUUCCUGGUUGCAGAUGUAAGGCUCAAUGCAAUACAAAACAAUGUCCAUGCUAUUUAGCUGUAAGGGAAUGUGAUCCGGAUUUGUGUCAAACAUGUGGUGCAGAUCAAUUCCAUAUUACCAAAAUAUCUUGCAAAAAUGUCAGCGUACAACGUGGUCUUCAUAAACAUCUCUUGAUGGCACCAUCUGAUGUAGCAGGUUGGGGAAUUUUUCUGAAAGAAUCAGCGGCGAAGAAUGAAUUUAUUUCUGAAUACUGCGGUGAAAUUAUUAGUCAAGAUGAAGCCGAUAGAAGAGGAAAAGUAUACGAUAAAUACAUGUGCAGUUUUCUUUUUAAUCUUAACAAUGAUUUCGUUGUUGAUGCAACAAGAAAAGGAAAUAAAAUAAGAUUCGCCAAUCAUUCCAUAAAUCCCAAUUGUUAUGCGAAAGUGAUGAUGGUAAACGGUGACCACAGAAUAGGUAUUUUUGCCAAGAGAGCGAUUCAACCCGGUGAAGAAUUAUUUUUCGAUUAUAGAUAUGGACCAACGGAACAACUUAAAUUUGUCGGUAUCGAGCGAGAAAUGGAGUUUCUUUAAGAAUUUAUAUUUUAUGUUUAACAGAAACAAGUGACAUUUUUGAAACAGAAUAAAUAUAAAGUAAAUACUUAUCUAAUUUUUAAAAUUGUAUAAUGACUUAUACUACCAUAUCAUAUAAAUCAUUAUUAAUAUCAACAUGUCUUAUGAACAUUAGUUUAUUUCACCAAGAUGAGGAAAAGCUUGAUAUAUUUGUAUGAAUUAAACUGGCGAAACUUUACGAAACGGCAUUGACAAUGAUUUAUGAUCCACUAAUAAUCUGCGAGUUAUUAUACAAUGUUGAAAGAGAUAUUCAUGAAUGCCUGAAGAAUAUAAUUAAAUACUUA